AUGAACGAAGAGUAUUACCGCCUCCGACAUGGAACAGUAGAUCAAGCUACCGUCGCUUCGGUUAGUGUUGGGCAAAGAAGUAAUCGGCAAGACUUCACUCGACGUUCAUCGAACCAUGGCCGGUUUGGGAAUCAGCAGAAAAGCCGGUGGGAUCAACUAGGCUCCAAGCGACCUGCAACAACUGUAUGGAAUAGCUCUGGAGGAGAACGCUGCUUCAGGUGCAACAGCAUGUUUCACAGGCCGAGCGAUUGCAUGGCAAUCGAUAAAACAUGCUUGAAGUGUGGACGGAAAGGUCAUUUCAAGCGAGCCUGCAAGACGUUGAUCCGACCGGGUAGCAAGCGUUUGAGCGAUGCAGAGAACUCGGAAAUCGAUGCAAAGAGAAUUGCAGUCGUAGACAUGGACGAAAACGCGAAGCAGGAAGAGCGACCAACCGAUGCCGAAGUAGGUGACAAGAAGUUUUAA